GAAGGGGAAGAAGAGCUCGCUUGAGCUUUAUUUAUGCUCCCUCGGCGCAUCGGAUUCAGCUGCUCGCGAGCUGCUUUCUCUCCUCUUCCCUUUCCGGGUGCACGGCGAGGAGAAAGUCUCUUUGCAACUCAGCCCCGGCGCGCACUUGGCCAGGUAUGUACCGCGGGCGCGGCGCGUUCGGCGCGGAGGCAGAUGCUGCUGCCGCCACGGCGGCGGCGGCUGGCAGCUCCUGGGCUCUGUAACUGUCACACUGCACCUGAGCUGAACUUGAAAAGAGUGAAGGGGCGAUUGGGCGAACGCUUUUGGCAGACACAGAGGGUGUUUGUAGUCGUGGGGGUGGAGGAUCCGUAUUAACGCCCCCCACAGUGCCCACUGGCACAUCACCUCAAUCUCUGCAAAUACAGCCCGAGGAGUAGAGGCGGCAGCUGGACCCCCAAAGAGAGACGUGGGGCAGCGGCUGUGACCGCAUCCCCUGAGCUACAACAGGUCGCCUUUUUGAGACUCCUUUGGCGGGAAGGGCUACUUGGAAAGGAAGGUUUGAAAGAGUGAGAAGGAUAGGUGGAAGGGUUCCCUAAUUUGUGGAAAGAAUUGUAUUGGGUGACUCUCGUUCGUCUUCUCUAUCCUACACUCCACAUACUGACCCCAUAUUAUCCAGACUGUGCGAGGGGAGAAAUCGAAGACACCUGUUUGCUUAAACGGCUGCACCUGUGUGCUUAUUUGUGCCAGAGGGUGACCUGGCCCACCUGCUGGAAGAGGUUUGCCUAGGCUUUGUUGGGGGUGAUUGUUAGGACUUUGUAUUUUGUUGUCAUUAUUUCAAAUACCUGUCUUGGAGGGAAACUUGCCCUUCUGAGAACUGUGACUUCACCAGGAGCCCUAC